GAAGUGGCUCUCGGAGGCGUUUUUGCCGCUUCUGUCAGGAGCAUCUUCACGCUAAUUCCGCGAGGUCUCUGAGGGAGGUGUUGAGUACUUUGUAAGCAUCAUCUCAUUUCAUUUUCGUAACUCUAUGAGGGAGCCCCUGGGUCAGAUCUUCCUCCAGACUCCACCUCACCUCUCCUUAGCAGCUCUGCUUGAGUUUACAGAUGUCCACCAAACUCUAGGCCCCUGAGAGAAUAAAGGUUGAGACCCAGCAUGACCAUGCCAGCUAAUUGGACCUCUCACCAGAAAUCCCUGGGCCUGGCUCCAGAGGAACAUGGCAGCUCAUGUGAGGGAUCAGUGUCCUUCAGGGAUGUGGCUGUAGAUUUCAGCAGAGAGGAGUGGCAGCAGCUAGACCUUGAUCAGAAAAACCUGUACCGGGAUGUGAUGCUGGAGACCUAUAGCCACCUGCUCUCAGUAGGGUAUCAAGUUCCUGAAACAGAGGUUUUCAUGUUGGAGCAAGGAAAGGAGCCAUGGACACUGCAGGGUGAGAACCCACAUCAGAGCUGUCCAGAAGAAUUGUGGCAGAUUGAUGACCAGAUAGAGAGCUAUCAACAAAGAGAAAACAAAUCUUUAAGAGAUGUUGCUUUCAUCAAGAAAAUAUUGACUAUAAAGAGGGAUUAUGAAUAUAAGGACAGAAAAAUAAUUCAUGUGAGCCAAAACAUUCCUUCCCCAAAGAGACCUCAUCAAUGUGACUUAUAUGGAAGUGCUUUAAGCCAUAAUUUAGAUUUACACAGUCAUAAUAGAAACAGUGGAUCAAAGAACAUUAAUAAGAUUACUGAAUAUGGUAAAAUUUCUUCCUGUACUAAACAUGAGUGUACUCCAACAGGAGAGAAAUUAUGGGACCAUAAUCAAUGUGGAAAAAUCCUCAGCUAUAAACAAGUACCCUGUCAACAUCAGAAAAGUCAUAGUGGGGCAAAAUCUUAUGAAUGUGUUGAAUUUGGAAAUAUCUUCACCCGGAAGUCACAACUCAAGGUACAUCUGAAAGUGCAUACAGGAGAAAAACUGUAUGUAUGUAUUGACUGUGGGAAGGCAUUUGUACAGAAGCCAGAAUUCAUUACACAUCAGAGAACUCAUACUAGAGAGAAGCCCUAUAAGUGCAGUGAAUGUGGGAAAGCCUUUUUCCAAGUAUCUUCUCUUUUCAGGCAUCAGAGAAUUCAUACUGGAGAAAAACUCUAUGAAUGCAGUGAAUGUGGGAAAGGCUUCUCUUAUAACUCAGAUCUUAGUAUACAUCAGAAAAUUCAUACUGGAGAGAGACACCAUGAGUGCAGUGAUUGCGGCAAAGCAUUCACGCAGAAGUCCACACUCAAGAUGCAUCAGAAAAUUCAUACAGGUGAGAGAUCCUAUAUAUGUAUUGAAUGUGGACAGGCCUUCAUCCAGAAGACACACUUGAUUGCACACCGAAGAAUUCAUACUGGAGAAAAACCAUAUGAAUGCAGUAACUGUGGGAAGUCCUUCAUUUCCAAGUCACAACUGCAGGUGCAUCAACGAACUCACACAAGAAUGAAACCGUCUAUAUGCAACGAAUAUGGGAAGGUUUUCAACAAUAGUUCCAACCUCAAUACACAUAAGAAAGUACAAAUGCGAGAGAAAUCUUCCAUAUGUACUGAAUGUGGUAAGGCCUUUACGUACAGGUCAGAGUUGAUUAUACAUCAGAGAAUUCACACCGGAGAGAAACCUUAUGAAUGCAGUGAUUGUGGAAAAGCCUUCACUCAGAAGUCAGCACUCACUGUGCAUCAGAGAAUUCAUACAGGAGAAAAAUCAUAUAUAUGCAUGAAAUGUGGGCUAGCCUUCAUCCAGAAGGCACACUUGAUUGCCCAUCAAAUAAUUCAUACAGGAGAGAAACCUUAUAAAUGUGGUCAUUGUGGGAAAUCCUUUACUUCCAAGUCACAACUCCACGUGCAUAAACGAAUUCACACAGGAGAGAAACCUUAUAUGUGCACUAAAUGUGGGAAGGCAUUUACCAACAGGUCAAAUCUCAUUACACAUCAGAAAACUCAUACAGGAGAGAAAUCCUAUAUAUGUCCUAAAUGUGGCAAGGCCUUCACACAAAGGUCAGACUUGAUUACACAUCAGAGAAUUCAUACUGGGGAGAAACCUUAUGAAUGCAAUACCUGUGGAAAAGCCUUCACCCAGAAGUCACACCUCAAUAUACACCAGAAAAUUCACACUGGAGAGAGACAGUAUGAAUGCCAUGAAUGUGGGAAAGCCUUCAACCAGAAAUCAAUACUCAUUGUGCAUCAGAAAAUUCAUACAGGAGAGAAACCCUAUGUGUGCGGUGAGUGUGGAAGGGCCUUCAUCCGGAAGUCAAACUUUAUUACUCAUCAGAGAAUUCAUACUGGGGAGAAACCUUAUGAAUGCAAUGAUUGUGGGAAAUCCUUCACCUCCAAAUCUCAGCUUCUGGUGCAUCAACCAAUUCACACAGGAGAAAAACCAUAUGUGUGUGCUGUUUGUGGGAAAGCCUUUAGUGGCAGGUCAAAUCUCAGUAAACAUCAGAAAACUCAUACUGGAGAAAAGCCCUACAUCUGUUCUGAAUGUGGGAAGACCUUCAGACAAAAGUCAGAACUGAUUAUACAUCAUAGGAUUCAUACUGGAGAGAAACCUUAUGAAUGCAGUGACUGUGGUAAAUCGUUCACUAAGAAAUCACAGCUCCAAGUGCAUCAACGAAUUCACACAGGAGAGAAGCCUUAUGUGUGUUCUGAGUGUGGGAAGGCCUUCACUGACAGAUCAAAUUUGAACAAACACCAGACAACGCACACUGGAGACAAACCCUAUAAGUGUGUAGUCUGUGGGAAAGGCUUCGUUCAGAAAUCAGUUCUCAGCGUGCAUCAGAGUAUUCACACUUGAGAGAAACAUUCAGAAAACCUCAGUGAGAUCAGAUUUUAUUUUACAUUAUGGAAUUCGUGCAACAGAAAAAUAUGCAUAUUAUCGUAACUAGAAGUGCUCCAUCAGAAUGUCACACAUUACUAUACAGAAGAGGACCUCUGAAAGGACCCUGAAUGGGAGGACCCCUUCCCAUAUUGUCACCAGCCUCAGUAAACCUUGGGGCAUUCAUACUGAGAAGGAACUUUGUCAGUUUGGUACAUUAGAAGAAGCCUUCUCAUGAAAACUGUAAUGGAACACUGUUACCAAAUUCUGCACUGGAAACAUCAUGUGAAGUCAUGUUAAUGAUAAUCCUGUUUACUGUGGAAUAGGUAACAUGCCAGCAAGUUGAAUGGUAGAACAGCAUAAUAUAUACGAUAAUGAUAAACCCUAAGUUCUGUGAAAUGUUUGUUACAGAACACAUUGAUUGCCUAACAGAAUUUUGUGUGUCAUUCUUCUGUUGAAUCAAACAUGGUCUGCGUAUCUAAUCCCCCGUUGCAUAUUUUUAUCAAGAAAGGGAUGCCACAAUAAAAAAAUUAUGUAGGGCUUCCCUGGUGGCGCAGUGGUUGAGGAUCUGCCUGCUGAUGCAGGGGACAUGGGUUCGUGCCCAGGUCCGGGAAGAUCCCACAUGCCGCGGAGCGGCUGGGUCCGUGAGCCAUGGCCGCUGAGCCUGCGCAUCCGGAGCCUGUGCUCCGCAACGGGAGGGGCCACGGCAGUGAGAGGCCCGCGUACCACAAAAAAAAAAAAAAAAAAUUAUGUAUACAGAUAUAAACCUCAGAGUGUAUGUUGAUUCCCCCAUUAUCCUCUAGCACCAUGAAUGGUUACCCCCCCUUAUUAGCCACCAGUAGAGUGUUUUCAGCUUUCAUACAGCACAUUGUCUUCUGACCCCUAUAAUUGCAUUAUGACUGCCUAUUCAUGCUGACUACCGUUAUCUCCCAGAUUUACUGACCCUUAAUUAGCCCCCAGUAUUGUGUCCUGUGAGCUCCCAUUACCUUCAGGAAAGUUUCUGAAGUAAGAAUGUUCAGGUCACCUUAGUCAACUCUUCACCUCAGUCUCCCUUUUGCUGUUAUAGUUUUAUAGUGCUUCCAGCUCAUUUGCCUUCCUUAAUGACUUGACCUUUAUAAUGACAAUAAUGAAUCAAUAACUCAUUGAAACAAACCCCAACAUACCUUCACUGUCUUCUGUCUACCCAUCUUCAUUCCAUGCACUCCUCAAGGACCUUCUCCCCCAUGUGCCUCAAACACAUCAGUUUAGGUCCUGCCUCAGGGCCUUUGCAUUUGCAGUGCCCUCUUCAAAGAGCACAGUUCCUCAUUAUAUCUGUGUGGUUUACUCCUUCGUGUCUUUCUUCCAAUGGCAUAUCUUCACAGAGGCCUGCCCUGCCCUUCCCUGCCUGCCUGGCUUAAAAUUUCAUCACCCUCCCCUUCCUCCUUUAUCCUCUCCAUAGCAUUUAUUACCAUGAUGCCCUGUAUAUUUCACUUAUUUGUCUAUGGUUCCCACUCUAGAAUGUUUUUCCCCGUUUUGUUCACUGUUGUGAACCUAGACCCAUGCCUGACAUACAACAGUCCUUCUAUGAGUGCACGUUGUGGAGUGUUGACCAUGCUCAUCCCAUGACUUCCUUUUGAUCCUUUCUGUAUUGCAGCAUAAGAUGCUCCAAUCGGGAGAAUCAACUUGUCUAAAACACACAAGGCUGUUUCACCCCUAGUCUUUACCUGGGCUGUGCCUCCUUCCUGUUCUAAAAGUUGUAACAUCAUUGUAAACCUUUUGCUCUGAUGCCAUCCCAUUUAAAGAAGGGACUGAGGCACAGGAAAUCAGUCCCACAUAGAUGGGACUUGAUGCUUGAUGUUUCAGGAUUCCUUUCAAUGAUUCUGAAAUACCACAGUCAGCUCCAAAGUGAUCACAAAAGAGCCCACUCACUCUGCCCAAGCAUGCACAGUCCUGCCUUACCCCAAUUGCACCUUUAUGGGGCCUUGUCUACCCCAUAACCUGACCUACAGACAUGCUUAUCAUGCCCUGACGGGUAUGCCCAAAGCUAAUAAUAUGGAGAGGCCAAGAGCAGAGAAGGGUUGACCUUCCUUAGAAGUUAGGUGUGCAACCUAAGACUAGGGCAGCAGUGGUCUCACAGAUGCAUGCAGAAGGUCUGAUUGAAAGCUCAGCUGCUGGGUGGCCAAAUGAACCAGCAAAAUGGUUUCUUCAGGUCAGUCCAUUGGCAACGCUGAGAGUGGGAAACAGUUGGGUUGUACAGAAAUGUUCUCACCUUUGUGAAUAGUAGCAUGAGGGUUGAGAAUGGGGGCAGACCUGGUUAAGGGGACAGGUCUAAGGAUUUUCCUGUAAUCCCCUCACCCAAAUUGGGCAGUGAUUAGUGACAUAUCCCACAUAUCCCAUAUUACCACACCUUAGAUCCAUGUCUAAUCCAUCAUUAGCUCCCCUUUAUCUCACCGCUUCACAGUAUCUGAUGAGCCACUGUACACCUUUCUCUAUGUUAGAACAGUAUCUGGUGACCCACUACCCCCUUUUACCUCAUUCAGCACUGCUUCUGGGGCUUCACUCAAUGUUUUAUGACCCGCCAUUUUCCCCCAACUUAGGACAGUGUUUGCUGAUCCCACAGGAGAGUGUCUGGAGAUCUCUCCAUUACCCCCUUCUUAACCCACCCCAGCACAAUGUCUGGACACCCUCCAUUAUCCUCCUUUGAGUUUACUCCAUCACUGUGUUUUUCACCUCUUAUUACAGGAAAUAGUGUCUGGAGAUCUUCUCAUUACCUCUUCCAGUUACCUCCAGCAUAAUGUGUAUUACUUAACCCCAUUUGUGAAACAGUCCAUACUGCCCAUUUAUUCCUACUUUCACCUAAAUAGUAACUGAUGACCACUUAUUACAAUCCUCAGAGUAGGAAACCAUGAUAUACCCCACCUAAUCCAACUUUUAACAUUAUCUCCUGAUUCUUUCAUUAUACCUCUAUCAGGAUGGCUUGUGUUUCCCUUCAUUUGUUGUCUAUCACAAUGACGGUGACCAAUUAUCUUCCAUUACUCCACCUAGCAGUGUUUGUAGCCAUCCCCAACACAGUAUGUGGUGAUGCCCCCAAUACUCUCUGAACACUGGUGUGUGCCAUUAACCUGCUUCCCUCUCCCCAGAUAAGGGCAAUGACUGAUAAGGCACCAUAAACUUCACAUUAGCCAUCUCUGUAGGACUCCCAUUAACAACCGGCACAAAGUCUGUUGGUGCCCAUUACCCAGUAAUACAGUAUCUGUGACUCUUCCAUUAAGUCCUGGUAAUAUCUGCUAUUUCCCUAUUGGCCCCCAGUAACACAGUGUCUACUGAUUCCCCAUUGCCCACAUUGCUUCAUGAAGCCACUUAGUGUGGCUACUGCAAGUCCCCCAGUACUGCUUCUCCAAGUCCCCACUGUUUGCCUGGACAGGAACCCGGGGGGAUGGAGAAGGGAUGAGGAUCAGGUCCUAGCCUCAUAGACACCCUCCAGGGAAUUGUUGGUCUGGAGCAGGCUGGGGAGGAUCUGGGAGACCCAGGAGAUCACAAACAGCUUCCCAUUUACUACAUGAGGAGUGAAACAAGCAGAAUAGUGAAAGCUGUUGACGUGGAUUAAAAUCCAGUUGCCAACCCUGAUGCCCAGUAACCUCCCCCGAGCCUCAGUUGCCUCACCUGUAAAAUAGAGUUAUGGAGGAUGAAGUGACUUAAUAUGGGUCACUAGAGGGGAGUAGGGCUAGUGGAGACCAAUGAGAGGGUCCCUGUUGUUAAUGAUAUUACUAGUUAUAAGUUGACACAAGACCAACCUCUGUAUGGCUGUACCAAAACCUCACAGAGGGCAAUGUAUGUUAUUUUAUUGUAAAUUACUUUCAAUUAUUUCUCUUUUAUAUUUACUGUAACAUAAUAUUAUAGUACUGAGAUAUUUUUCAAGUCAGAUUUAUUGAGGUAUAAUUUACACACAGUAAUAGUCACCCUUAAAAGUGUACAGUUCUGAGAGUUUUGACAAAUGUGUACAAUCAUGUAAUCAACACCACAACCAAGAGAACAGUUCCUUCACUCCCCUAAAUUCCCUCCUAUCCCUUUUUAAUCAAUCUCUCUAUCUACUCCCAACCCCUCAAAAUCACUGAUCUGUUUCCUGUUUCUAUAGUUUUGCCUUUUUCACAUGUCAUAUAAAUGUGUGUGUAUCCAUAUAUAUGUAAAAAUGUGUCUCCUUUGGAGUCUGACUUCUUUCAUUUAGUGUAUUUGAGAUUCAUCCAUAUGGUUGUAUGAGAUACAAAUGGAAAUAUGCUGAUGAAAAGACGUUCAACCUCAUUAGUCAUCAGGAAAGUGCAAAUUAAAACCAUAAUGACAUACCACUACACACUUAUCAUCAGAAUGGCAAUAAAUAACAUAGUACAAAAGUUGGCAAGGAUGUAAAGCAAUAGACACUUUCAUGAAUUGCUGAUGGGAAUGAUAUACGAUGGUAUCUCCACUCUGGACAAAAGUUUCACAAGUUCUUAUAAAGUUAACUAUAUACU